AUGGCGGCGGUGAAUGUCUCUCAGAUACUGGCAGAUACUUUAAGCGCAGAUGCAAAUACUAGGAUCGCUGCUGAACUCAAGCUUUCUGAGGUUCUGCUCCAUCAAGGCUGGUUUUCAAAAUCGCGACCAUUGACUGCAAAUCUGAUGUUUAGCACGCGUUCAUCAGAGGCAGCUCUAGCUCUGGCCCAGCUUAUUUUAGCACAGGACGUUGAUAUCCCGCUCCGGCAGAUAACAAGCAUUGUCCUCCGAAAAUACGUAAAGGAACGAUGGUCUCCAUACUUUGAAUCGUUCAAGGGCAACGCACCUUCAGUAGAGAUCAAAUCCCGAAUACGCCAUGCUGUCUUCCAAGGCUUAUCAGACUCGAAUCGGAAAAUCCGGUCUUUAUGUGCUCAUACAAUGUCAUAUAUUGGGAACUGCGAUUGGCCAGAUGAAUACCCUGAACUACUCAACUCCCUUAUUUCCUUGAUUUCUUCAAGUUCUUCUGACGCUGUGCAUGGCGCGAUGCAGGUGUUCACCGAAUUUAUAAAAUCGGACCUCACCGAAGAUCAAAUUUUACCUGUAUUGCGACAGCUUCUUCCCGUCUUGCUUACUAUCCUUGGAUCCACGGAGCAACAUACACCUUUGACUCGGGCGCGAACUGUGUCCGUUUUUCGUCAAUGCGUGACAGCACUCUACAUGGUCAAAGAUCAACACCCACAAGCUGUGAAGGAAGCUACUGCAACCAUUCUGCCAGUCUGGUUGGAGGCAUUCAAAGUACUUCUUAACCUUGACCCUUUGAAGGACGUAUCCAACGAGGAUAACUGGGAUGGAUUAGCCGUCAGAAUCCAGGUCUUCAAGACACUGGACGUCAUUCACACAUCAUUCCCUCGUGCCAUGACCUCGUACGUUCGUGGUUAUCUAGAUGCAUCCUUGCGUCACCUUCAGGUGAUGUCCGAAACAUAUGAUACAUUCUACGUCUCAGGAUCCGGAAGUGCCCCUGGGUCAUCAGAGGAGGAGACAGUAGAAAUACCGCACCUCAUCUGCCCUUUGUUCGACUUUGUUUCGAAUGUUGUCAGAGGGGGGAAAGCGAAGGAAUGGCUUCAGAUGGAGAACCUGAACAGUUUGGUCUCCGCGAUUUUCAAUUAUUCACGGAUGACGGCGGAUGACGAAGAGACGUGGGCGACAAAUGCCAAUGCUUUCGUAGCACAUGAAGAAGAUGACACACAGGCCUAUGGCGUCAGAGUCGCUGGCUUUGAGUUGCUAUAUACUAUUCUCAACCGUUCUCCCGCCCAAAUUUGUGCUACCUUCCAGACUACGAUUCAUCAGGUCAUUGCAACAUCACAGAGAGCACGAGAAAAUGGGUCAACUGCUUGGUGGAAACCACUUGAAGCAUCCUUGGCUGCGAUUGGCUCUCAAUCCGAAGAUGUCCUCGAGUGCAUUGAAAAUGAACAGGAUUCCAGCCGAGCAAAGCCUAUUGAUGUGGAGGAUUUGCUUGCCAAUGUCGUUCCGUCUGUCUUAAACCAGUCGGACUUUCCAUUCUUGCAAGGCAGAGGUUUCGUAUUCGCGAGCCAGUUUGCCAGGCUAUUGCCGUUACAGAUGGCUGGUCAGUAUUUGGAAGCUGCUAUGCAUGUCAUUGAAUCGAAUGCUGCUGGGAUUCCCGUGAAAAUAUCUGCUGUCAAAGCCAUUCACAACUUCUGUGAAGGCGCGGAGGAGUCGGCUAUUACGCCCUUUGUGUCGCGGAUUGCACAGGACCUGGGGCCAUUCCUACUGGUAACGACUGAGGACACGUUAUCCUUGGUUCUCGAGACGAUGUCGGUUGUUCUAGAUGUCAACAGGGCUCAAUGGCUCACCACUGACUUGUCCAAUUCUCUCGUAUUGGCCGUCCUGGAAGUCUGGGCGAAAAACAACAAAGAUCCCAUCUUCCUAUCAAUUUUCACCGAAAUAUUCACCUCGCUGGCCUCCUCGAUUGGCACAGGAGUGUACGAAACGGUUGUCAAACAGGCGCUUCCCACUCUUUGUACUGCCAUCGCGAAUUCCAAACCUCAAGAAGCCUGGAUAGCAGGGUCUGCCAUUGACUUGAUCUCAAGCCUCGUUCGUGGUGCACCCGAAGGCGGCCUUGGAGACGGCUUCUUCGCUCUCCUAGCACCUAGCUUGUUUAGCUGCCUUAGUGAAGCAGAAGAUCGUGAUGUUCUACAAAACGGCAUGGCGUGCCUUGCUUUGAUAGUCCGCAAAGACUGCAGGCAGAUCCUAGAAUGGCGGGGCCAAUCCGGUCAAUCCGGUCUCGAUCAUAUUCUGAAAGUUAUUGCGAAGCUCCUGCAAAACGACGAUGAAUCCGGUGGUUUGGUCAUUGGUGAUCUCAUCAUCCACUUGCUGCGUCAUGCAGGCGAAGCUGUUCUCCCAGUACUUCCAGAGCUUCUUCAAGCUAUGGUAUUGCGGAUGCUAUCGGCCAAGACGGCCACAUUCAUCCAGAGCCUUGUCAUUCCAUUCGCGUUCCUCGCCUAUAACCAGCAGGACACAGUGUUGUAUUUGCUGGAAUCUACUACGACGAAUGGCAGGAACGGUCUCGAUAUCCUCAUCCAGACGUGGUGUGAGAACGCAGAGACGUUCCAGGGCUUCUGGCAGUCGCGUGUUAGCACACUGGCGCUCACAAAAUUGUACGCCUCUGGUCGUCCAAGCCUGCAAUCAUUGAUGGUCAAGGGCGAUAUUAUCUUGAAGCCGGAGACAAAGAAUGUGAUCAUGACCCGGUCGCGAACGAAGACGACACCACAUGAAUUUACAUCAGUGCCUUUCCCUGUGAAGGCGCUUAAACUCCUCGUGCACGAUCUCAGAGCUGGGGGCGACUCUGCGACGAUCCCCAAAGCCGAGUUUGAUGUGGACUCGGACGAUGGUGAUGAAGAAUGGACAGAAGAAGAGCAACAGAAUCAGGGCUUCAAGCAAGAAGAAUUUGCCUUCCUCUCUGAGAUGCUGGGUCCCCGCGGCGUCAACUUUGAUAAUGACGACAUUCUUGAAGAGACGGAUGAUGAAGACCUUAGAAACGACGCCAUCUCUCAGAUUGACAUGCAGAUAUUUCAGGCGCACUUGGUGACAUUCUUCAAAGAAUGCGCAUCACACAAUGUCAACAACUUUUCCGCAAGCAUGGAACAAUUGUCGGCUGAGGAGAUUAUGGUUGUGCGCCACGCUAUUGAUCACUGA